AUGGCAAGCCACGGCGUAGCUCGUCGUACGCAGGCUCGAACCGAAGACCAGCGACAGAAAGACAUGCAAAAGAUCAAGACGUACCGCGAACUCGAAGAUCAGAUACGCAACCAAGCAUCUACCGGUGCCUUUGACGAGGCACUCUUUGAUCUCACCUCCAAGCUGCUCACGCUCAAUCCCGAGUACUACACCAUAUGGAACCUUCGUCGCCGCUGCCUACUUGCUUCCUUGUCUUCCCCGCUGCCGGGCGUUCAAAAUGAAGCGUCGGACUCGAACAAGCACGACUCGGAACUUGCCACCCUCAAGUCGGAACUCGCCUUUACCUUUCCGCUCCUGAAGAACUUCCCCAAGUGUUACUGGAUCUGGAAUUUUCGCCGAUGGAUUCUAUCACAAUCCAUCCUUCGACUGCCCGUACCCGCCGCACGCAAAGUCUGGGAGACGGAACUGGAUCUGACGUCCAAGAUGCUUUCCAAGGACCACCGCAACUUCCAUGCCUGGGGCUAUCGAAGGAUCGUCGUGGAGAAGCUUGAAAGCGCCGACUUGUUGGGAGGAAGCAUGGCCGAAUCCGAGUUCGCCUACACGACGGCCAUGAUCCGCCUAAACCUUUCCAACUUUUCCGCCUGGCACAGCCGCAGCCAGCUGAUCCCGCGGCUGCUUGACGACCGGGACGCGGACGAUAAAGCUCGCUCUGCUUUUCUCGCUGCCGAGCUAAGCCUCGUCCGGGAGGGCCUGAAUGUAGGCCCCGAGGACCAGAGCUUGUGGUAUUACCAUCAAUUUUUAAUGACGCACAUUGUCGACCACCAUCAUCGACACUCCAUCGCGCCGGCCUUGACGAUUUCCGAAAGGAUUGCCUACGUGCGAGGUGAAAUUGACGAGAUCAAGGACCUGUUGGACGACUACGACGACAUCAAAUGGAUCUACGAGGCCCUUCUAGAGUACACGGUAGACCUGAGCCGGCUAGCGAAACAAGAAGAUGCCGAAAGUCAUGUUGUUCCCAUCCAGGAUUUGCAGUUCUGGCUUUCCAAGCUGCGUGCCCUCGACCCCAUGCGCACUGGCAGGUGGGACGAUGUCGCGAGAGCAGCGGGACCGGCGAUCGGCUAG